AUGUCUCGUGUGCUGUCCAUCCUAUCAUCCCCUCGGUUGUUCACACUGCCCGCAUGUCGUUUCUCUCUUCCAAGAGACGUGAAAUAUGAUCACGGGCCAUCUUUCUAUGUAAUACCAGAAAUCUCUGGAGAUCUGAGCAGGGGAGUCCCUACCAUGGACUUCGAAAGUUUGCCGAACAGAAUCGAAUCCAUCACUCCCGACAUGGCUUUCAACGGCUUCUCCAGAUUGCUUGUAGAUUAUCAGCUUUCCCUCUCCAGGUUGUCUGAGGAUAUAAAGCGUGGUGAUAUUCGUCUGACGUCGAACGUUCUGCUUCAUUCUCUAGAAGAAAUAUUUUAUCCUGUCGAACAUGGCUUCCAAACCUUACAUUCCAUACUGUCUUACAACACAGACCCCUUGUGGCCACUGGUCUUGGGUCGACUGUAUAGGAAGCUGAGGACGUCCAGAACAGAAUAUUUCAGAAUGGAUCCCGAUAUAUACCGCGCUUUGCUAACCGUCAGGGCUAAUGAUUCAGCGCUUGGUCCCGCUGAAAAAGGUAUCUCCAAAUCAAUCUUCAAGCCUCACUCAGUCUAUCUGGCCGCCUUCAAUGUCCGCACUUUGAAGCAAGCAGGACAACUAGCUGCUCUUGCUCUCACACUGGACUCGCUUGGCAUUGAUGUGUGCUGUGUCUCAGAAACAAGAAUCCAAGAUGAAAGCACAGUGAUUGAGUUAACCGCUCCGUUAGUCUCCACUUUCUUCCGGCUGCGCACCUCUGGUGAUCAAGAGGCUGAUGCAGCGAGAUGUGCGGCGAUUGGUAUCUUCCUAAGUCAGCGGGCGGAAGUAUCUGUUGAUAGUCGCCUCUGUGCUGUUUGUCUAGCAACGUCUGUGAAGGAGUCUCACGAGCGGGAAGUUGAUAGAUGUCUCUACGACACCGUCAAAGACAGGUUUCACGAUGCCCUGUUACGGCUAGCUAAAAGCUCAGAUGUGGUGGUUGCCGGAAAUAUGAAUGCACAAGUGGCGUCUGGAUCAUUGUCGCCUCAGUCCUCGUCCACUUCCUCCAAUGUAACUGUGAAGAAGACCAAGCAAACGUCGGACGAUGUCGUACCGGAUCUACCCACACUCUCGCAUUCUGAUGCCAAGGAGAAACUCGAUCGCCUGCAUAAUCUUCAAGCAGAACUACAGAAAGAAGAACAAUUAUUUCAAGGAAUGGUAUGGGCUACAUCUGCCGUAUCUGGAACCCAGACUGGAUACUAUCGUUCCACUGGGCGAUACCCCAAUCCAACAGAGUUGACUUAUCUGGUGGGUGCUGCUAAUAUUCCCGUAGCUGAGUCUGAUCUGGCCCCGUCAACACCACCCUGGUUACCGGUGGCUCUCGGUGGACAGCAAAAUGGGGGACAUAUAGCCGAUAUGAAAAUCAAUAUUGCUUCGGAUGCAGUUGUUCACUCCUUGCUGUGUCACUGCAGUACCCGACAGGUUCGUCAAAUUGUCUGGUCUCAUUGGGUACAGCGAUCAAGUCUGCGUGUAUUCGGUGGUAGCACCGGCCAGCAUGCAUCCAACGACUCUCGAAUGCAAACUAUUCGGCGUAUACGACGAGACGUCGCUGAGUGUUUGGGUUGUGAAGAUUGGUUAAGCUUGAUGUGGCGUUCACCGUACAUGCGAAUGCCAACGUCCAGUGAAGCCUUAGUCUCCAAUGUGCUGGAGCCGUUGCGUACAGAAUUGAAGCCGAUAGGGCAGAUCGAAUUACAGCUGUUAAGUGAAUGGUCCAGUGCGUAUCUGGACUUGCCUGGUACCAAGCUAGAAGCCUGGGACAUCGCUUACGCAAUCGAACAGUACAACUUCGCUGCUUCAGAUGCUGAACUACAGACGAUGAUCACGCCUCCAGAGGGUGGCCGUCUCACUACACACGUACAUGCGCUUCUGGAUCAGUUGGCCAAUUUAUUCCGAUUGCAACUGGUCCCCUCCACUAGGUCGGAUACUGACCUCCCUGUAUAUAACCUGGAGGAUAUGGAUGAUGGAAAGUUCUUCGGACAAAUCAUCUUUGAUUUAUUCCACCAGCAACUGAAUGUGCUGCACCAGGCCGCCUUAUGUUACAGUCGCUACGAUAUUCGAGACAUCGCGGUACAUUUACUACCAAGGUUGCUGAAAAUCCGUCUACAGCCCACGACCGAUUUCGCCCUUUUUGGGGUUCAUCAGGAAUUAAUUUCAAUAGCUGCAGGAUUUGGAGCCUGCCUUCAACAUCUGAUUCCUGAGAAUUAUCAUCAUCAUAUCAACGGGCUUUCCUCUUGCCUGGCCUCUGAUAUGCGCUACCUGGUUAGAGAUCUUUGCGGAGCUCUCAUGUUGAACAGCAUCCUCCCGUUUUCUACCAAUCAGAUCAAACGUCGUUCAAAGCCAGCAGAUCGCUCUUUUAGUCCAUCGGCCGCUGGCCUUCGUCCUCCCCCGGGUAACAUUAUCGCCCUCCCCUUGCUUCGUCAGCUCUACGAGGCUCGCUUUGACCUGGCACUUUGGACUCGUUCUGAGACAAACAAGCAUUGGAUCACACUGGACGAACAAUUCUGGGCCAUGCAUCUGCCUUACCCGAGGAAUCCGGAUGACGUUUGGCCCUGUUCAGCCGGUCAGCUCUUCGGUCCGAACUCCGAACCUGGCUUCCAGUACCAGCACGUGUGGCGUCAGAUUUUACUACAGGAUGUAUUAGGUGCCCUUCAAGAGCAUGGAUGGCCGGAUAAAGCACAGACUCCAGAGAUCAUCGGAUUGUUGAAACUUUUCCGUGAUACAGUGAUCGCCGCACCCAACUUGGCCACACCUUCCGAAUUGUUCCGCGAGUUUCGUGGUCGGGAUCCUGCCCAUUCGUUUCUUCUGAAAAUGGUUCAGUCCCGAGUCAAGCUGGACGAUUCCCACGUCUAUCUGGACCCCUUAGCUUCCCCCUUGGUUAGAGAAUAGACGAGGGUGUCCGCCUUCCAGCUGUGCCCUUGCAGUUGUUGCAGUCAGUAGCUGUGAAGUUUUGGUGGGGGGAUAACAUUGCACUUUCCCCAUUCUACCAAUACCAACGGUGCAUGUACAAACAAGGAGACACAACGUGAUUUUAUACAUGUAAACUCCCACUUGCAUGCAGUCGAAUAGAUUAGCGCCCUAUCUUCUAACAUGUAAAUACAUACUUCAACUUGC